AUGCGGGCACCACUCUGCUUGCUGCUGCUCGUUGCUCACGCGGUGGACAUGCUGGCUCUGACCCGAAGAAAGAAGCAAGUGGGUGCUGGCCUGGGGGGCAACUGCACAGGCUGUGUCAUUUGCUCAGAGGAGAAUGGCUGCUCCACCUGCCAACAGAGGCUGUUCCUGUUCAUCCGCCGGGAAGGUAUCCGGCAGUAUGGCAAGUGCGUGCAUGACUGCCCACUCGGCUUCUUCGGCAUCCGCGGCCAGGAGGUCAACAGGUGCAAAAAAUGCGGGGCCACAUGCGAGAGCUGCUUCAGCCAGGACUUCUGCAUCCGCUGCAAGAGGAGGUUUCACCUAUACAAGGGGAAGUGUCUGGCCACCUGCCCACCUGGCACCUUAACCCAGCAGAACACACGGGAGUGCCAGGAAGAAUGUGAACUGGGGCCCUGGGGCAGCUGGAGCCCCUGUACACACAAUGGCAAGACCUGCGGCUCUGCCUGGGGCCUGGAGACACGUGUGCGAGAGGCUGGCCGGGCCGGGCAGGAAGAAGCAGCCACCUGCUCCGUGCAGUCCGAAUCACGGAAGUGUGUCAUCCAACGGCCCUGUCCUGGAGAGAGAAACGCUCGGCCAAAGAAGGGCCGCCGAGACCGGCGCCUGCGCAAGGACCGGAAGCCGGACCAGGACCGGAAGCCGGACCAGGACCAGAAGCCCGGCCGCAGACGGGACGGGAGGUCGCGGCAUCCGGCCCUGCAGUGA